GAGAGAGAGAGAGAGAGAGAGAGAGAGAGAUGGGUUCGGCCGCAAGAGAUAAGCCUCAUGCAGUGGUCAUCCCCUUCCCGGCACAGGGUCACAUAAACCCUAUUCUGCAGCUCGCCAAGAUCCUCCUCCACCGCGGCUUCCACAUCACGUUCGUGCACACCGAGUACAAUCACAAGCGCUUGCUCAAGUCCAGAGGCCCGACCUCCCUCCAUGGCUUGCCUAGUUUUCGCUUCGAAACGAUCCCCGAUGGCCUCCCCGCGAGCGCUUCUGAUGAUGACGUCACUCAACACAUACCUUCUCUCUGUGAAUCCACUUCCAAGAAUUGCUUGGCUCCAUUUGUGAACCUCCUCGGGAGGCUCAACGACAGGUCUGUUGAUGAUGCCGAGGUUCCAAAGGUGAGCUGUGUGAUCGCGGACGGCGCCAUGUCGUUUGCGCUCGAUGCUGCGGAGAAGAUUGGAGUGCCUGGUGUGCUGUUCUGGACUCCCAGCGGUUGUGGGGCUUUGGCGUAUACUCAGUACCGUAUGCUCCGAGAAAAAGGGCUGUUCCCUCUUAAAGAUGCAAGUUAUCUGACAAAUGGCUUCUUAGACACCAACAUAGACUGGAUUCCUGGUAUGAAAAACAUUCGUCUGCGAGAUCUUCCCAGCUUCAUUAGGACAACUGAUGCUAACGAUGUCAUGGUCAACUACAUCAUGAGAGAAAUUGAAAGAACGCACAAGGCCUCAGCAGUCAUCCUCAACACAUUCCAUUGCUUAGAAAAGGAUGUUCUAAUGGCUUUCUCUUCCAUAUAUCCGAAUCUUUACACAAUCGGUCCGAUCCACUUACUUCUCAAUAAAAUCGAAGACGGCGACUCAUGUUGCGUAGGCUCAAAUUUGUGGAAAGAAGAUCCUGCUUGUUUAGGGUGGCUAGAUUCGCAAGAACCCGAUUCGGUGUUGUACAUAAAUUUUGGGAGCAUUGCCGUGAUAACGAGGGAGCAACUCAUCGAGUUUGCAUGGGGACUGGCUAACAGCAAAAAACCCUUCUUGUGGAUAACAAGGCCCGACCUUGUUGCGGGUGACACAGCGGUUCUGCCCUCGGAGUUCCUAGCGGAAACGAAGGGAAGAGGAAUGCUCGCGGGUUGGUGCCCACAAGAGCAAGUGUUGAGGCAUCAUUCGGUCGGCGGAUUCCUGACGCAUUGCGGGUGGAAUUCAAUGCUAGAGAGCAUCUGCGGCGGAGUGCCAGUUCUGUGUUGGCCGUUCUUUGCAGAGCAGCAGACGAACUGCUUUUAUAGCGAGAGCGAAUGGGGAAUCGGGAUGGAGAUCGAUAACGAUGUGAAACGAGACGAGGUCGAGAAGCUUGUGAGGGAGUUGAUGGAUGGAGAGAAAGGCAAAGCGAUGAAGAAGAAGGCCAUGGAGUGGAAGAAGAAGGCUGAGGAAGCCACUGAGCCUGGUGGGUCUUCUUAUGAAAACUUGGAGACGCUUUUGUCCCGAGUUCUUCUAAAGAAGCUGAACGAUUGAAAAAUGGAAGAUGGUCCUACGUCAACACAAGAAGAUUAUCUUGUAAUUUUAGCUAAGUGACCACUUGACGUGGACAUUAUACCUCUUUUGCAAUAAUCGUUGCACAUCAUGCAUUGGCGGAAACUUCGAUCCUCUUGCUCUGUGCAUGAGACAAAGAUGGACGAAGGGAUGUAAUUGAAAUUUGGAAUGGUUUUAUAUCCACGAUUUGUCUGAACUUUCAUAUCCAUCAU